CUCAAACCCGGCAGCAGCGCAGCAGCUCUCUGGUUCUCAAAGAAAAGCUCUCGUUUUUGGAACUCCAAUCCUCGCACUUGAAGAACAAGAGGAUCUUGUCUUGUAAGUUCAAUGGCUUGUUUUCGAGGCUUUAGAAUAUCAUUGGGGCUCCAAGUCAAAGAACUAAAUGCAUGGAAGCAGACCAAGCAAGGCUACUGCUCUAGGGCAUUCAGAAUGGAUCAGCAGUUGGUUGAAUGUAGGGAGAUUAGAAAACCAUUUUUGAUGAAUUCAAUGCUUGUAAGAAUGUUUAGUUCCGAAGUAUCGGUUUCAGAGCAAAUGAAUCUUAUCAAGCAGCUGAGGGAGAGAACCAGUGCUCCGAUAAAGGAUGUCAAAUCAUCUCUCGUUGCCUGUAAAUGGGAUAUUGAGGCUGCUCAGAAGGACUUGAGGAAGAGAGGAGUGGUGCUUGCUUCAAAGAAAUCUUCAAGGACUGCUGAAGAGGGUUUGCUUGCAAUUGCUCAAACUGAGAAGAAGGCUGCUGUUAUUGAGCUUAACUGUGAGACUGACUUUGUUGCAAGAAAUGAUGUAUUUCAAUACCUGGCUUCAUCCUUGGCAAGACUAGCUUUGUCAUCUGAAGCCCCCACCCAGCAGAUUCAAGGAUUAUUUCCUUUUGGUCCCAGAAACAUGGAGAUUAGUUUAGAUCACCCAAAACUUAGUAGGGAAACAACAGUGCAAGGUGCAAUCACUGAAGUUGCUGCAAUGGUUGGAGAGAACGUAAAGUUGAGAAGAGGUUUUGCAUUGUCCACAUCUUCAUCUUCACAUGGUGUUAUAUCCACUUAUCUCCAUACAUGUCCAAAACCAGGCUUGGGUCGUAUCGCUGGAAUACUAACUUUAGAAGCGAAAGACAACAAUGCUUCAGUGGAUGCUCUUCAGCGAGUUGGUUCAUCAUUGGCAAUGCAUAUAGUGGCAGCAAAGCCAUUAUUUUUGACAAAGGAAAAUGUUUCUUCCGCAGCAUUGGAGAGUGAGCGUGACAUACUGAAAACUCAGGCAGAAAGUUCAGGAAAAUCUCAAAUUGCCAUUGAGAAGAUGGUAGAGGGUCGCUUAAGGAAGUAUUUCGAAGAAGUGGUGUUAUUGGAACAAAAGUUUGUUAUGAAUGAUAGUGUCAACAUAAAGUUAGUGUUAAAGGAUUUGUCCAAAGAAGUCGGCACAGAGGUAGUGAUCGGCAAUUUUCUAAGAAUGGAAGUAGGAGAGGGAAUCCAGAGGAUUGAAGCCGAAGAAUCUGAUAGUGUAGCUCAGGCCACAUAAGUAACAACAAAAAUUUCAGAAAUCUUAGACAACCCGGAGUCGAUUAUUUAUCAUUCAUGUAUGAUGAGAUUUUGUUAUACUAAUUAUAUAUAUGUUCAUUUGAAUAAAUUAAACAAACUCAAGUUCUCUAUCACACUUGAGCUUUGCUGAGUUUACAGAACUGCAAUCAUGUAAGGAUUUUUUUUUUUUGUUUUACAUAUUUGC